AUGAAAUCUGGUUAUAUUUACUCAAUUGCAGAUUCACACUAUGCCUACCUCCAAGCCGUCCAGUGUCAUACAUGUGGAGGAUGCCUCCCCGAGAAAAAUCUGGAGGCUGGCCCAAGUCUCGAGACGUAUAUGGAAAGUGGGUUGAGUCGCGAUGACGCGUAUUUCCUCGCCAACUUCACAGAUGAAAAGAGGAACAAGUGCGUUCGGAAGAUCGAUUGGCGUCUCUGUCCCAUGUUGGCGUUUCUCUACCUUGUUUGUUAUAUUGAUAAGGCAAGUAUUGGAAAUGCCAAGAUUGAAGGCAUGCUGUCGGAUUUGAAUAUGUCAGGCACUCAAUAUAACGUUGCCCUGGGGAUUUUCUUUGUCCCCUAUGUACUAUUCGAGGUUCCUAGCAAUAUCCUACUCGCAAAAUUCAAAAAGCCGUCACUUUAUUUGUCGAUUUUGAUGCUUCUGUGGGGAAUCAUCGUGACCCUAACAGGGGUUGUCCAGAACUUUUCCGGACUUUGUGCGGUUCGCGUGCUCCUUGGUAUUUUCGAAUCAGGGUUCUUCCCAGGCGCCGUGUGGGUUAUUACCCAGUGGUAUGAGCCCCAUGAAGUCCAAAGCAGGAUAGCAAUUUUCUAUACUGCAAGCGCAUUGGCCGGUGCAUUCUCCGGGCUUCUGGCAUUUGGCCUAGCUAAAAUGCGCGGAAUCGGUGGCUACAAUGGCUGGAGAUGGAUCUUUAUUAUCGAAGGAGCUGUAACUGUGCUUCUCGCAGGAUUAUGCUAUUUCUGCCUAGCGGAUACCCCUGAGCUCUCUAGUAGAUGGCUUGACCCUGAAGAGAUCCGGUUUCUGGCGCUGCGUAAACAGGCCACGCGAGGACUUAUUGUGGUGGACGAAAAUCCUAACAAGUUUGACUGGAAAGAGCUCUUUAAAGUCCUUACCGACUGGCAUCUCUACCUACAGGUCCUUAACUUCUGGUCCAACACUGUACCAAACUACGCUCCUCUCAAUGCCCCCUACUUCGCCGGCGCGAUAUCUGCGUACGUCUUCAGUGUCAUUGCAGACAAACUGCGAUGGCGUAUGCCAAUCAUUAUAACUGGCCAGGCCUUGGUGAUUAUUGCGUUCUGCAUCCUAUACACUCUCGCCGAUGAUAUCCAGAAUAAUAUCCCAGUGUGCUAUUUUGCAGUCGUCCUUGCCUGUAUCGGCCUGUACCCGAUUAUUCCGGGUACCAAUGCGUGGACAUCCAACAAUCUCGCAGGCGCGCGGAAGCAGGCCAUGGGCAUUGCGUUUAUGAUUAGCAUUGGCAAUUGCGGUGGGCUUGUGGGAUCUUUUAUCUACCUUGAGCGUGAGGCGCCCAAGUAUCCCACUGGGUUUGGGAGUUCGUUUGCCUUUGCGGUGGCAGGCGUCUUGGCGAGUGCGGUUUUGGAAUUGAGGUUCUGGUAUAUCAAUAAGCGGAAUACGAAGCUGAGCAGGGAGGAGAUUCAUGAGAGGUAUACGGCCGAGGAGUUGCAGCUUCUGGGGGAUCGGUCGCCGUUGUUUAGGUAUACACUUUAA